CAGAGAUACACAGAUCUAGACUCCAGGAGACGAUGCGACAUUCAGACUGAAAAGAUUUGGAAGGCAAAAAAUGAAAACUGAGUAUUGAAUGAAAUAAAAAGCUAAGGUAACUUAAGAUUAUAGAACCAUGUUAACACUACCAUUUGAUGAGUCUGUUGUAAUGCCAGAAUCCCAGAUGUGCAGAAAGUUUUCCAGAGAAAGUGAGGACCAAAAGCAAAUUAAGAAGCCAGAAAGCUUUUCAAAGCAGAUUGUACUCCGAGGAAAGAAUAUCAAAAGGGCCACUGGAGAAGACACAGAAAAAGAAGAGGAGGAAGAAGACAGAGAGGAGGAGGAUGAGAAUGGUUUGCCUAGAAGGAGGGGCCUUAGGAAAAAAAAGACAACCAAGAUAAGAGUGGAAAGGGUCAAAUUCAGGCGGCAAGAAGCCAAUGCUAGAGAAAGGAACAGGAUGCAUGGCCUUAAUGAUGCUCUGGACAAUUUAAGAAAAGUGGUCCCUUGUUAUUCAAAAACACAAAAACUGUCUAAAAUAGAAACUUUAAGACUAGCCAAAAACUAUAUUUGGGCUCUUUCUGAAAUCCUGCGUAUUGGCAAGAGACCUGACCUGCUCACAUUCGUCCAAAACUUGUGCAAAGGUCUAUCCCAGCCAACUACAAACUUGGUGGCAGGGUGCCUGCAGCUGAAUGCCAGAAGUUUCUUGAUGGGUCAGACGGGGGAAAGUGCCCAUCACACAAGGUCACCAUAUUCCAGCUUCUAUCCUCCCUAUCACAGUCCUGAGCUCAGCACUCCCCCGGGGCAUGGAACUCUUGACAAUUCCAAGUCUAUGAAACCCUACAAUUACUGCAGUGCUUAUGAAUCUUUCUAUGAAAGCACUUCCCCUGAGUGUGCCAGCCCACAGUUUGAAGGUCCCCUAAGUCCUCCCCCAAUUAACUAUAAUGGGAUAUUUUCCCUGAAGCAAGAAGAUGCCUUGGACUAUGGCAAAAAUUACAAUUAUGGCAUGCAUUACUGUGCAGUGCCACCCAGGGGUCCCCUUGGGCAGAGCUCCAUGUUCAGGUUGCCUACCGAGAGCCACUUCCCUUACGACUUACAUCUGCGCAGCCAGUCUCUCACCAUGCAAGACGAAUUAAAUGCAGUUUUUCAUAAUUAAUGAGGAAAAUGAAAAUAAACAGUGGUCAUUCACCUCCCCGUCUAAUUAAGACAAAGCAGAUGCUUGUGCACUGCAUAAUGGGCACAACUCUAUUUAACGUGUUUACUAGUUUCUAAAGUGUGUUUCAACUAUUGUGGGAAUUUUCUACGUACUAAUAAAUCUUUUUUCUUAUACAUAUUUUUCCUUUUGUUUUUUUGUCUGUAAACACUGUGAGGUUGUUUCUUACCAGAGGCUUAUUCUUUUUGUCCACCCUAUUCACUUGAUUCAUUGAACAGUGUGUCUAAACAAUAUAAUUGACA